AAUUUUUUUUUUCUUAUUAAUUAUUUAGAAUUUUUCGGCAUUUAAAUAUAUAAAUUAUCUUAAACAUUAGAAAAUUUAAGUGCUCUAUAGUAUAUACCGCAGUUUGCGAUAACUAUAAAACGCAGUAUAAUAAGUAGGACAAUUUACUAAAAUUGCAAAAAAGGAAAAAAAACAAAAACAUUUUGAGAAAAAAAAAAUUAAUUUGAAAGCAAAAUUAACAUCUUCUGGGUGACGAUCAGCCAGUGGGCUGGACGUGUUAACAGCAGCCACAUUAUGCAGCUUUUGCUGUCCACAAUAUGCUUGGGCUUAACCAGUGCAGUGAUUGGCAAUGCCUGGUAUCAAAAGAAACAAUUCUAUCCAGCUGUAGUGUACAUCACCAAAUCCAAUGCCUCCAUGGCGGUGAUUUACAUACAAUUCUUUGCAAUUGUUUUCAUGUUUGGAAAAUUACUGCGCAAGAUCUUUUUGGGCACUUUAAGAGCAGCUGAAUUCGAACAUUUGUUGGAACGAUUUUGGUAUGCUAUUACCGAAACCUGUUUGGCCUUUACCGUUUUUCGUGAUGACUUUAAUCCACGAUUUGUGGCUUUGUUUACGGUAUUAUUGUUUCUUAAAUCAUUCCAUUGGCUGGCCGAAGAACGUGUGGAUUUUAUGGAGCGUUCUCCCGUUUUAGGCUGGCUUUUCCACAUACGUGUUGCCAGCCUUCUAAUGGUCUUGGGCACUCUCGACUACAUGCUGCUCAUGCAUGCCUACAACUCAACAUUGGCUCGUGGUCCCACUGUGCAAUUGGUAUUUGGUUUUGAGUAUGCCAUCUUACUAACUGUGGUUGCCAGCACGGCCAUUAAAUAUGUUUUACAUGCCGCCGAAAUGCGUACCGAUACACCCUGGGAAAACAAAGCCGUCUUUUUAUUGUACACCGAACUGUUUAUUGGUUUUAUCAAAGUCAUAUUGUAUGUUCUCUUUGUGGUGAUAAUGGCGAAAUUCUAUGCCCUACCCAUGUUUGUAUUCCGGCCCAUGUUCUUUACGAUAAGAAACUUUAAGAAGGCACUAAGUGAUGUCAUCAUGUCACGUCGUGCCAUACGCAACAUGAAUACCCUGUAUCCAGAUGCUACACCGGAAGAAUUACGUUUAUCGGAUAAUAUUUGUAUUAUUUGCCGUGAGGAUAUGGUUAAUCAUUCGAAGAAAUUGCCCUGUGGUCAUAUAUUCCAUACGAUUUGUUUGAGAUCGUGGUUUCAGAGACAACAGACAUGCCCUACUUGUCGUUUGAAUAUAUUAAGGGCCCCAGCUACGAAUUCGACGGCUUUGCCGAGACCUGAUGACAACAAUGAGAAUGAAAAUGGUGCUGCAGCGGCAGCAGCUGUUAAUGCGGGUGCAGGAACGGCAGCUAAUGCCCAAUUACCAAAUGCUAAUGCGGCCGGCAAUGAUAAUCCAGCUUCUCCGGCUGCCACAAAUGUUUUUGAACAUUUUGCUGGUUUACCCAACCCCCUACCAAAUUUGGCUGGUACCGGAGGAAAUGGUUUGCCCAACUUUGCUGGCCUACCCAUGAUGGCGCCACCUUUCAUGAUGCCACCACCAUUUCCAUUUAUUGCACCCUAUGCUGUGCCACCACCACCCAUGCCACCAGAUCUAACCAACUUUACUGAUGAAGAACUUAAAGCAUUGGAAGGAAAUGAAAGAAAGAACAUAGAAGAGCGCAUCAAGCUUUUGCGCAACAUACAACUAAUGUUGGAUGCAGCCAACAUCUUAAUGAAUAACUAUCAAAUAGUAGCUGCUCGUACACAGAACUUAAAUCCAACGCCUGCUGCUGCAGCUAGACCAGCAGCAACAGCAGAAGCUGCUAGCUCCAAUACUCCCGCAAGUACCGUAGAGCAACCAUCAACAUCUGCCGCAGCAGCAGCAGCCACAGCUUCUGCAACUGACACGGCUACACCAACUGCUGAAACAGCUAAAACGGAAGAAUUACCUACAACCUCAGCGGCAGCAGCUUUACUAAAGACAUCAUCACCCAAAGCUGAAGUAGCUAACACUAUAACGACAACAUCUACCACAGAUACACCAGUUGCCAAACAUAAUCAAGUGACUAUAGAAGAUUUAGGUGGUGAAGAUCACAUAUAUGUUGAAAAUUCUACUUCAACUACUACUGCUCCCACUACUUCAUCAGCUCCGACGUCAUCAAUAGACAGCACAGCGGAACAUAUGAACGAGUUGCGUAAACGACGCUUAAAAUUCCUCGAAGAACGCAAUAAAACGUCUACUGAAUAAAAAAAAUGAAAAAUGUUAAGGCUCAAUUUUACAAAAUUACUACUUAACACUUUUUGCAACUGAACGUUGGACUGAAAACGAUUUUUUCUUUUUCUUUCAUAUAAAUAUAAAAACAAACAAAAAAACACACAUUUUUACUUUGUUUUAAAUACUAUAUAUAGUAACAGUAACGUUUUUCUAGCGAUCUAUGUGGAGAAAUGUUUUAUUAUUAUUAAUUAAUACUAUAAUUUUUUGCAUUAAACGAAGUUGUAAGUAACAUUUUGUAUUUGUUUAUAUUGAAAAAUAUGCUUGUACGUUUUAUUUUUUUAAUUUUCAUUACUACUAUUUGUUUAUUUUACUAGCAUUAUUACUUUUUUUCAUUUCAUGCCAACUUUUAUCUUUCUUUUACAAAAAAAAUUGCGUUAUGUGAGCAUUAACAGAAAAAAAGCCCUUACAAGAAAUUUAUUAAACAAUCUUUUAAUAGCAAAACAAAAAAAAAAGCGGAUACAAAAUGAGAUAAAAGAAGAGAGAUACUUUAAAAACAAUAUGUAGUUAUAACAUGUAUUGUGUAUAAAUUAAGAAAUAUUGGAUUUAAACAAACAAAAAGAAAAUCGUAUAAAAUGGGAAUGAAAAAUAAAAAUUAUGAUUAAUGUAUAUGUAUUUAAAUAAUUUAUAAUUACAUUUAGAAUUUAAAUAAAUAAAAACAUACACAAACAUUAUAUAAAA